AUGGCCCACUUGAAAGAUCCAGAGAAGGACGAUUCGGACACUCUCGCAGCCCACGAAGUCGAUUACAAGACCAUCAUACAAGCAGUUACCAUCCAAGAUGACGAGACGGCACGCGAACUCCGUCUCCGCCGCCAGGCGUCGCAGGUCGACGCACCAGCGCGGGUGGUUGGUGAAUUCCGCAACCUCUCGAUCCACGUCACGGACUCGCUCGCGACUCCCAGCGCGCAUGCAAAGAACAAGGCAGCCCGCGAGCUCUCCGAGCUCGACUGGCACCGCGUGUCCGUCGAUGACGCGCUGCAGCGCCUCAACGUCUCCCCAAAAUCCGGCCUCGACGCAGACCAAGUCAAGCGGCGCCAGGCGGCCGGCUUCAACGAGAUGACCCCUCCCCCACGUAACCUCCUUCGCAAGUGGCUAUCCUACGUCUUUGGUGGAUUCGGGUCCGUUCUGUUUAUCGGUGGCGUUCUCUGCUUCAUCGCCUGGCGGCCGCUCGGCGACCCCAACCCAGCUGUGGCGAAUCUCGCCCUUGCCGUCAUUCUGUUCCUGGUAAUCCUCAUCCAGACCGCCUUCAAUGCCUGGCAGGACUGGUCUACGUCCCGCAUCAUGGCCAGCAUCACCAACAUGCUUCCACAGGAAGUGACUGUUAUUCGCGACAGCCUCCCCACCAAAGUCCCCGCCCGCGAGCUCGUCUCCGGCGAUAUCGUCAGUAUCGGCCUGGGGAACAAGUUGCCCGCCGACGUCCGGUUCCUCACCUGCAACGAAAUGAAGUUUGACCGCUCGGUGCUUACCGGCGAAAGCGAGCCUAUUUCAUCAACAACCGAGAUGACGGACGAGAAUAUCCUCGAGUCCAAGAAUAUCGGGCUGCAGGGCACGCUAUGUGUCGCUGGUUCCGGCACCGGCGUGGUAUUCCAGACGGGCGACGCGACUGUUUUCGGCCGAAUUGCCAAGCUCUCGUCGCGCGGCGGACCCCGCCAGACGACAUUGGAGAAGGAGAUUUUCGGGUUCGUGCUCAUCAUUGUUGGGUUUGCGCUCUCUAUCGCCAUCUUCGUCAUCAUCCUCUGGGCCGCGUGGCUCAACAAGCAACACAAGGGGUUCAUCACCCCAGCUACCCUCGUUAUUUCGGUUGUGUCGGUUUGCGUCGCUUUCAUUCCUGAGGGCUUGCCGGUUAGUAUCACAAUCUCGCUCAAGGUGGUUGCGAAUGCUCUCGCACGCCGCAAGGUUCUCUGCAAGACGCUCAUGACGGUCGAAACCCUCGGAAGUGUUAGCGUCCUCUGCUCGGACAAGACGGGAACCCUCACCUCCAACUGCAUGGCGGUUACCCAUGCUGCCGUGCUCGACGACGAGAUGACCCACAUUGAAGCACGUGACAAGAUGGGGACGGACGAGCGUGUCGCCCAACUGGCCACCAUCGCCGGACUGUGUAAUGGCGCACAAUUCGAGUCGGAGGGCCGCGUAAACGGUGACGCCACAGAUUCCGCCAUCCUCCGUUUCGCCGACUCGUUGCGUUCCGUAGACGCGACCAACAGCGACUGGGCAGAGGUUUACAAGGCCGCAUUUAGCAGCAAGACAAAGUUCAUGCUCCGCCUCCUGCGCCUCUCGGGUUCCUCCUCCUUGUCCACGCCCGCUCCGAUCUCAAAGCACGACAACUGGGGCAAAGACUCGCUCAUGCUCACCGUCAAAGGCGCUCCUGACGUCCUCCUCAAGCGGUGCGCUUACAUUGCCACUUCGUCGGGUGUGGAGGCGCUCUCUGCCACCAACCUCGCCCGACUGAGCGCUGUCCAGGCAAAGUGGUCAACACAGGGCCAGCGCGUUCUCCUCCUCGCUAAGCGCGUCAUUCGCUCCUCUGAUCUUGGCGGAUAUUCACUCGAUUCGGACGACUUUGCAAACCACAUGAACGCCAACCUCAACCAGGACCUGACAGUGAUCGGGCUUGUUGGCCUUGUGGAUCCUCCGCGCGAAGAUAUUCCCGAGACAGUACGCAUCCUCCGCGGCGCUGGAAUUCGGUUCUUCAUGGUCACGGGCGAUUUUGCACUCACCGCCGUGGCCAUUGCCGAACAAUGUGGAAUCGUCACCUCUUCGGCGCACAUACAAACCAUCGCCAACCUCGAUCGUAACCUCGACCUCGCCUCCAUCGCCCCUUACGACCCCGACGACGCCGACCGCGCCACACGCUCUCUCGUCCUCUCUGGACCAGACUUGAUGGAAAUGAACGACUCACAAUGGGCCCAGGCGUGCGCUUAUGCCGAAAUCGUGUUCGCACGCACAACACCUGAUCAGAAACUGCGGAUUGUUCGCGAGUUCCAAUCCCGUGAAUGUAUUGUCGGCAUGACAGGUGACGGAGUCAACGACGCUCCGUCCCUCAAAGCCGCCAACGUCGGUAUCGCCAUGGGUUCUGGCUCGGACGUGGCCAUCGAAGCCGCCGACCUCGUCCUCCUCGACACCUUUAGCUCCAUGGUAACAGCCGUAACCUAUGGUCGUCUGGUGUUUGACAACCUCAAAAAGACAAUCCUGUACCUCCUCCCAGCCGGAUCCUUCUCGGAACUCAUGCCCAUCCUUCUCAACGUGUUGAUCGGUGUACCCCAAAUGCUGUCAAGUAUCCAGAUGAUCAUCAUCUGUUGUCUCACCGACGUCCUCCCCGCCGUCUCGAUGUGUUUCGAAAAACCCGAAGCCGGCCUCCUAACCCGCCGACCCCGCGACACCAAAAAAGACAAGCUCGUCGACUGGAAGCUCCUUUUACACGCCUACGGCUUCCUCGGCGUCCUAGAGAGCCUCGCAGCAAUGUCCAUGGCGUUCUGGUACCUCCAGCGCCGCGGUUACGCAUUCAGCCACAUCGCGCUGGCGUUUGGAGGUCUUCCAGAAGAUGUCGAUCCCAUCAAAUUCAACGAACAAGUCAACGUCGCACAGAGCGUCUACUUUUUCACUCUGGUUUUCAUGCAGUUUGGCAACCUCCUCGCUACGCGCACGCGCCGGCUCUCGUUCUUCCAGCACCCGCCUUGGGGCGAGACGGCCAACUGGUACAUCCUCCCCGCUAUGGCGUUUAGCUUGGUCUUCCUAUUCUUCCUCAGCUAUCCGCCAUUCUUCCAGAGCGCUCUGCUCACCCGCGGUGUGCCGGUUGAAUAUAUUUUCAUUCCCAUCACUUUCGGUAUCGGGCUCCUCUUCCUCGAUGAGGCUCGCAAGUUCUGCGUCCGCAAGUGGCCAAAGGGCUUCCUCGCCAAGAUCGCUUGGUAG